AAAUAUUAACGUUUUUAGUUGUUGUUACUAAGUGUUCAAUUAAUUUAUAUAAUUUUUAAACACUUAAAUAAUGGAUUUUAACAUUAGAAAAGCAGUUUCAAAUGAUAUGAUCCAUGUUUAUGGAAUGAUAAAGGAGUUGGCUGAGUUUGAAAAUAUGCCUAAUGGUCCACAAAUUGAUGAGAAAAAAUUAAUUGAAGAUGGAUUUGAAUCCGAAAAUCCUAUAUUCAAAUGUUUCGUAGCAGAAUGUACAGAUUCAAAAAUAGUUGUGGGAUACGCUAUUUAUUUCCCUAUAUAUUCGACUUGGGAAGGUCGUGCAUUGUUUUUAGAAGACUUAUAUGUAAAACCUGAAUAUAGAAAGCAUCAUAUUGGAUUGAAAUUGAUAAAAGCCGUAGCGAAGCAAGCAUUGAGUGAAAAUUGUAAACGAUUAGAUCUUCAUGUCUUAUCUUGGAAUCCUGCAAUGAAAUUUUAUGAAAAAUUAAAUGCAGUCAACUUAACCAAAAGUGAAGAUUGGAAUUUUGUACGAUUUGGAACAGAUGCCAUAGCAAAACUAGCUGAAUAACAAACAACAAACCGGUUAUAA